CCGCAACCGACCCGAGCUCCUUCCCGCGACAAGCUUUGAAGCUUCCCAUUGCCUUGCACUUUGCCUGCCGCCUUUGCACCCGACCACGCAAACGAGACCCCGAGACCCGAUAGUGACGCUACACUUUGACGCGACAGGCCGGCCGUAGCAGCAGCAACCCCGCGACCGACAAGGGGGCAGGCAACAACCCACCCACCCCCGCACCUGCACCUUCCAGAAAAAAAGAAAAAAGAAAACCAAACCGCGACAGGCGGCAAACAGAGAGACACAAACACAAUGGCAGACAGGCCCCAACGAGGCGCAGGAGGAAGCCGCGGCGGGUUCAGGGGCCGCGGCGGCGGUAGCGGCGGCAGGGGGCGAGGCGACGGCCACUCGGGCGGCGGCAGGGGCGACCACCACUCGGGCGGCGGCGACCGCGACCGCCCCAAGAAGGAGAACAUCCUGGACCUGGCCAGGUACAUGGACAAGGAGGUGCAGGUCAAGUUCAACGGCGGCCGCGAGGUGACGGGGACGCUAAAGGGCUAUGACGCGCUGAUGAACCUGGUGCUGGACGACGUCAAGGAGACGAUGCGAGACGACGAUGGCAACGAGACCAGCAGGCCGCUCGGCCUCGUCGUCAUCCGCGGCACGCUCCUGGUCGCCCUCAGCCCGACCGACGGCUCCGAGCCGAUCGCGAACCCGUUUGUGCAGCACGAUGAGGAAGAGUGAAAGGGGAUGGAUGGGUGGUGCUUUGUGCGAUUGAGUGUCGUUAUUUUCUCCCCCUGACGGCGAGGGAGAAGCCCGGCGAGUGGGCCUAGUAUGUGGAGAAUCCCGUGAUACAUGAUCAGUGGGCAGGUCAGGUCGAAGGCAGAGGUAAAGGAAUGGGAGUCUCGCUCCUGCGGCGAGGCUGAUAUGGGGCCCAGCAUCAGCGAUACACUGGGCAUCAGUCAGUCUGCCGGGCGUGUGAUGUUCACGACUACGAUGAGGGAUGGUACAACCAAAAUAGAAACCCCUGGAAAUAGGUCGGGGGACUAACAAGACAGAAGACAUUGAAUACAUUUGGCUUCUAGUUUGACAUCGCCAUUCCAGGGAAAGCUGCCUUGGCUCCCUUUGGUACGAUCCGACCCGCCAGCCGCCUUCCUGCCGCCAAC